GGACCCGACGCUGUCCCUGGACCUGCGCCGCAGACUGGCGCUCAGCCUCUACGGCCCCGUGCUGAGGAAGGUGCCGAUCUUCAGGGACGUGAAGAGCAUGUACCUGAAGUGCCUGUGCCAGCGAGUCGUGGUGCGCCUGUACACGCCCGGGGACCUCCUGGUGCUCAUCGGCGAGGUGGGCUCCGAGCUCUUCAUAAUCAUGUCAGGCAAAGUGGAGCCCGUGGGCGAGGACGGGCGCCCGAUCCGGGACAUCGUGAUGGGGGAGGGGCAGUACUUCGGGGAGAUCUGCUUCCUGCACCCCGGGACUCGCAGGACGGCCUCGGUACGCUGCGUCGAGUUCUGCCAGACGAUCGUCCUGACGCUCGAGACGUUCGACCAGCUGCAGAUGACGGAGGUCCUGGACGCGAUCCGCUCCCAAAGCCACGACAUGCAGAAGGCCUACGUCAAGCCAGAACUCCCGAACGCCUGCACGGGCUUGGACACUGAUGAUGACAAGGACGCCGAGCCCGGCGCGGGCGACGAGGCGGAGGGCCCCGCGGUGCCCGGGCGCCUGCCGGGCAGCCCGGCGGAGGCGCAGGGCGGUGCCGGGCCGGCGGAGGGGCAGCUGAGGACGGUCGCCUCGGGGCAGGUCCCCUCGGCGCAGCACCAGACCAAGAAGGGCCCCCAGCCCCUUCGCAGCAGCCCCCGCCACCUCAGCCACCUCCGAGGGCAGGGCCGCUCCGAGGACC